AUGCCUCCACUGAACAGUCUUGCGGUCCAAUUGCUUACAAUUGCGACCAUUAUAUUGAAAAUCAAUAUAAACCACGAGUCUAUCGAAACACCGCACGACCAGCUCAGGAGUGCCUAUCAUUUCAUUGUCGUCGGCUCAGGAUCUGCAGGCGCUGUAAUUGCCAACCGAUUGGCAGAGAAUCCCAAAGUAAAUGUACUGCUUCUGGAGGCAGGAGGGCCUACUAGUGUCCAUAACGACAUACCAGCCCAGGCAUCGACGGGCGCUUUAUUCAACUCAGAAUAUGACUGGAAUUAUACGCUAACCCCACAAAAGAUUGGAAUCGCUUACCAAAACCAUGUCAUCGCAGAGAAUAGGGGUCACGUGAUCGGCGGCACCUCCUCUUUCAAUACUAUGAUAUUCAACAGAGGAAACCGGCGAGACUUUGACAGGUGGGCCAAAGAGUUUGGUGCUCAGGGAUGGAGCUAUGAAGAGGUUUUGCCUUAUUUCAUGAAAUACGAGAGAAAUAUGGACCCAUUAGUAGCCAACAAUGGGUUUCACGGCACGUCUGGUCCCGUAGAAAUCACAUCGUGGGCAUACCCGCCCCCUAUGGUACAGUUACAUCAAAGGGCUCUAAAUGAGCUCAAUAUCCCCAACACCGAUAUCAAUGGCGCCAAUCAAUUGGGCACUCAGAUCAUGCAGGCCAUGAUUGACAGCAAUGGACGCCGAACCAGUACUUCCAACGCAUACAUUGAUCCCAACCCAUACCCCCAUAACCUACACAUCCUUCCCCGAGCAUUAGUGACCCAAAUUUUAUUUGAAGGCAAAACAGCUGUUGGCGUGCAGUUCCUCAGGUAUGGCACCGAGUAUAAGGUGUUCGCCAAGAAUGAGGUGAUUGUGAGCGCAGGCGCUAUCAAUUCUCCGCAACUGUUGAUGUUGUCGGGCAUCGGACCGAAGGAACACUUGCACCAAAUGAACAUCCCUUUGGUGGCCGACCUGCCAGUGGGCGACAACUACCAGAACCACGUGGGCGUGUCCGCCAACUUCCUCAUCAAAGAGAAAUACUAUGACUUACUGAGUGUUGCCGGACAGAUGAAUGUGCCUCAACUGUACGACUACCUGUCCAGUAAGACGGGACCCCUCACCCAACAGUACCGAAUGGGGGUCUACUAUAACACUAAGAAUAACAACGAUAAGCAGUACCCCAACACCAACUGGGAAACCGGUCUAUACCUCUACCCCACAAACCUGAGUGACGCCCGAGCCUUCCAGCACGAGGACAGACACGCGUGGGAUGUGUUUAACACUCCAUCCUUAGGCAGGUAUUACUUCUUCGUGCACCCAAUCCUCCAAAGGGUGCGAAGUGUGGGUCGAAUCCGUUUGGCGUCAAACAAUCCCCUCUACUAUCCCCUGAUUGACGCCGGAUUCUUCACGGAUCCCAAGAACCUGGACUUAGAGGACAUGAUCGAAGUGACCAGAGCUGCCUUCUUCUUCUACGAGCGCUCAUCCAUCGCCCCAUUCCUCGAAGCCGGACAACCCAUCCCUGGCUGUCAUUUCUGUCCGGACAAGCAAUACGUAUACCAAUGCGAGCCAUACAUCCGCUGUUUGAUUGAGCAGACGGGGUAUGCCUCCUACCACCCGGCGGGCACCUGUCGUAUGGGUGACCCCCACAGACACGACACUGUCGUCGACCCCCAACUGCGCGUCAAAGGCGUGGAAAGACUGCGUGUUUGCGACGCAUCUGUUAUACCGUUACUAAUGAACGGAAACACAAACGCGGCUUCAAUUAUGAUCGGAGAGAAGUGCGCCGACACUAUCAGACACUCCCACACCCUAUAG